AUGGAUUACUUCCGCUCGCCACAAUUGGCCGCCCGCGUGGAGGAGCUCAUGGCCGAGCACCAUGUGCCCGGCCUCGCUCUCGCCAUUGUCCACCACGAUCGAAUCGCCUCAGCCGGCUACGGCCACGCCUGCCUCCAUCCGCCCACGCCAUGCACCCCCGACACCCUCUUCGAUAUCGCCUCCGCCUCCAAGUCGCUGACGGCCGCCGCUGUCGCCCUGCUGGUCGACGAUGACCAGUCCUAUCCCGAGGUGCAGUAUACCACCCCCAUGUCCCACCUGCUGCCCGACGACUUUGUCAUGCCGGACGACGGCUACACCCAAGGCGUCACUGUCGAGGAUGUCCUCUCCCACCGGACCGGCAUGCCGGGUCACGACCUCUCCUACAUGAGUCCGCGCGCCAGCCAGCCAGAUGAUGCCCGGUCGGUCACGCGAAACUUACGCAAUCUGCCCGUGGCCGCCCCCAUCCGAUCCAAAUACAUGUAUUGCAACAUGAUGUACACGGUGGCCACCCACCUGGUCGAGCAAAAAACCGGCCAGCGCUUUGCCAAUUACCUGGAGGACCGCUUCUUCCGGCCGCUGGGUAUGACCUCCACGACCCUGCAACCCCAGCGUGCGCGAGACCGCGGACUCGGAGAUCGCAUUGCCAUGGGGUAUAGCUGGCAGGCAGACGAUCAGAACUACCAUGGCUUCCCCUCCCCGGACUGUCCCGAGGCUCAAGGCGCUGGCUCCAUCCUGACCAGCGUAAAUGACUACAUCAAAUGGGUUCAGGCCAUGAUUGGCCGCCACGGCCCUAUCACCGACACCGUCUACAAGGGUCUCAUUCUCCCUCGAAUCAUCACUGACCCCACCUCAGAGCAUCUGGACCCAUUGACCUCGCCGACGUUAUAUGCCGCCGGCUGGGAGGUCCGUUACUACCGGGGCCACCUGAUCGUCAGUCACGACGGCGCCAUCUCCGGCUUCGGAACCACGCAUUUCUUCCUCCCCGAGUAUAACUUUGGUGGGGUCAUCUUUGGCAACUCAGAGGCCGGGAACCCGGUGGCAGACAUCUUAGCCCGUGAGCUCGUUGAUGAGGUGCUGCAGGUGCCUGCCGGAGACCGGCCGGACUGGAACAGCAUCGUGUUUGCGGAGUGGACGAGAAGCGACGAUCCUGGCGAGGAGGAACUACGACAGAAGCUGUGCCCUGAUGCCGAGCAAUCACAGCCUCAGGAACUGCCGCUCAGCGCGUAUACCGGCGAGUACCAACACCCGGGGUACCAUACUCUGACGGUGGCGGUGAAAGACGAUCAGCUGUUCAUUGAUGCCACGGAUCGGUCUUUCGGGUUCACCCUCACGUUGGACCAUGUCUGUGAUCAAAGCAAGUACAUUGCCCAUCUCAGUGACUUUCAAGAAGGCGGGGAUGUUCCCUUCCUGGCGGAAUUUGAACUGGAAAAUGACCGGGCUGUCCGGUUGGGACUAGACCUGGAAGUCGACCUGGAAGGCUUGGUCUGGUUCGACAGGGUGUAACUGUACAUAUCUAUAUAUCGUUGUCAUCCUAUCGCCAUAAGCAUAUAGUACCUAGUUUCCUAUUUGCUAGCGCUGCGAUUUCUAUGGCCUGUUCCAAUAUCCGCUGAAGAUCAUCCUACCCGGCGUGCUAGUUAGAUUCCAGUAAUUCUCAUCUGAAAUCCGUUACCAAUACCGCGUCCAAGUGCGC